CGCAGCCAGGGAGGGAGGCAGAGGAAUGGUGCAGCUCCCCUCUCCCGGCUGGGGGGUGGAUGGAUCUUGGGGAGCCGAGGCAGAAGCAGCGAAGGGCGAGCCGGGGCAGGAGGGUGUCCUGCCCUCUCUCCCUCUCUCUGCCGGGACUCGCCGAGCCUGUUUCAGGCGCCCUGGCGCGGAGGCUCGCCGCCCGGGGAGGGAGAGGGGAGGCUGCUGCACCUUUAAGAGAAGGGAGGACCCCUUUGCCCUUAGAGAAACCAGGAAGGGAGUUCAGCAUCAUACGGGGCUUUGCAUAUACAGUUACAGUAGGGGCAGUAACACCAGAGAGAGAGGGAGAGCUGGCCGGGAACUGACUCCAAACUCCAGGCAGACCCCCCCCACCCCCAGCCCCGCCACCCCAGGACCAGCAAGCCUUUGGUGUUCAAAAUGGCUGGUGGCGUGGAUGGCCCCAUCGGGAUCCCGUUCCCUGAUCACAGCAGCGACAUCCUGAGCAGCCUGAACGAGCAGAGGAACAACGGGCUGCUGUGUGACGUGGUCAUCUUGGUGGAUGGUCAGGAGUUCCCCACCCACCGCUCUGUCCUGGCAGCCUGCAGCCAAUACUUCAAGAAGCUCUUCACCUCAGGGUUAGUGGUGGACCAGCAAAACGUAUACGAGAUAGACUUUGUGAGUGUAGACGCCUUGUCGGCGCUGCUCGAUUUCGCUUACACCGCGACCCUGACCGUCAGCACUUCGAACGUCAAUGAGAUCCUCAACGCCUCCAAACUGCUGGAGAUCCAGGCGGUAACGGAUGUUUGCACGGAUCUCCUAGACAGGAAGAUUCUGGCCAAAAAUGACCAGAUGGAUUUAGUAGAUCAAAUUGAUCAAAGGAACCAUCUCAGAGCAAAAGAGUACCUGGAGUUCUUCCAGAGCAACCCCAUCAACGGCCACCAAGGCAACUUUCCAUGGACCAAUCAAGACUUGAGAGACCUUCAGAGACUGAACUUCCAAGGGCAAGAGGACGAGGAGGAGCCGGAUUGCAACGGCAUGGACUUCUACUCACAAGCCCCCCCAAACGAAAGACCAAAGGUGAACGACGGUGACCCUGACAGCAACCAUGCUAUGUGGCUAGAAAGAGAGGAAGAGGAGGCCCCGGGAGCCUUAUUCCCACCUUCCCAGAAUGGACAUUACAGUGGACACAGCCUGACAGCACAAGGAGAAGAGGAGGCAGCUCCGGGAGGUCACCUGGACCAGCAGGAAGCCAGCAAUUCUCCCAGCUUUGUUCCUGGGGGAGCGGAGGCUGAGGAGGCGGAGGCUAGAGAGGUGGAUGGUCUGGCCGCCAGCGCACUGCUGCAGCAGAUGAUCAGUUCCGUGGGAAGGCAGCAGCUGGGUGAGGACGACCAGAAGGAUGACGACGGGGUGAUGGAUUAUUACUUGAAAUACUUCAGCAGCUCUCACGAGAGCGACGUGUAUCCGUCCUGGUCCCAGAAGGUGGAGAAGAAGAUCAGGGCGAAAGCAUUCCAGAAGUGCCCCAUCUGUGACAAGGUGAUCCAAGGGGCUGGCAAGCUGCCCCGCCACAUCCGCACCCACACGGGCGAGAAACCCUACGAAUGCAACAUCUGCAAAGUCCGAUUCACCAGGCAGGACAAGCUGAAAGUUCACAUGAGGAAGCACACAGGUGAAAAGCCUUACCUGUGCCAGCAAUGCGGGGCUGCUUUUGCUCACAACUACGACUUGAAGAACCACAUGCGUGUGCACACUGGCUUGCGGCCUUACCAGUGCGACAGCUGCUUCAAGACUUUCGUCCGAUCCGACCACUUGCACAGGCACCUUAAAAAAGAUGGGUGCAACGGCAUCCCAUCCAGAAGGGGGCGCAAACCCCGGGUCAGAGAUGUGAGCGGCGUGCCCGCCCCCGCAGGGAACCCCGAAGAUGGAAGCUUCGAAGCUGGUGGCGAGAGACAAGAAUCACAGGAGGACACCGUGCAGAAAAAUGGCCAGGAGGAGCACUUUGAAGAUAGUUCUAACAACGAAGCAUCAGGAAGAUUGAAUGUAGCAGAGGGGUCGUCAGAGGGUAACACACAAGGACUCUCCUAAACCAAAAAAAAAAAAAA